AUUAAUUUAAUUUCUUCUCUCUGUUUCCUUCCUUUGUGCUUUAAACCACCAUGGCAAGGCGCGUGAAGAACAAGAACGCAGCUUCGAUUCAGAUCACUGCCGAGCAAAUACUCCGCGAGGCACGCGAACUUCAAGAAGCCAAAAUCCGGCCACCGAAGCAGAGAAUCACCGAGUCGGCUGAGCUUGGAGAUUAUCGUCUCGAAAAAAGAAAAGAGUUUGAAGAUUUAAUCCGAAGGGUGCGUUGGAACAAAAGCGUGUGGAUCAAGUACGCCAAUUGGGAAGAAUCGCAAAAGGAUUUCGAUCGUGCGAGAUCUGUGUGGGAGCGAGCGUUGGAGGUGGACUAUAGAGACCACACGUUAUGGCUGAAGUACGCGUCUUUCGAGAUGAAGAACAAGUUCAUCGAUCACGCACGUAAUGUGUGGGAUCGCGCAACGGAAUUGUUGCCUAGGGUUGACCAACUGUGGUAUAAAUACAUCCACAUGGAGUUCAUGCUAGGGAAUUAUGCUGGCGCUAGACAGAUUUACGAUCGGUGGAUGAAUUGGUCUCCCGAUCAGGAAGCGUGGCUUUCGUAUAUCAAAUUUGAGUUGAGGUUUAAUGAGAUCGAAAGGGCGAGAUCAAUAUUCGAGCGCUUUGUCGAUUGUCACCCGAAUGUCGGUGCAUGGAUCAGAUUUGUUAAAUUCGAGAUGAAAUACGGAGAUAUAGCGCGUGCAAGGAAUUGCUACGAGAGGGCUGUCGAUAAAUUCGAAGGUGAUGUUGAGGUGGCGAAGGAUUUAUUUGCGUUGGAUCACAAGUUUAUUGCUUUCGACAAGGGGUUCGGGGAUGCUAUUUAUGAAAAGCGGAGGCUCGAGUACGAAGAUGGGUUGAGAAAGAAUCCACUUAACUAUGAUCUUUGGUUCGAUUACAUUCGAUUAGUGGAAGAGAUCGGUGGGGAUAAACAAACGAUGGAGGAUUUAUACGAAAGGGCUAUUGCAAAUGUACCUCCUUCACACGAGAAGCGCUAUUGGAAGAGGUACAUAUACUUGUGGAUUAAUUAUGCUUUAUACGAGGAGCUCGAUGCGCAAGAUACGGAUCGCACGAGGGAUGUGUACACCUUGUGCCUGAAGACUAUUCCUCAUAAAAAGUUCUCCUUUGCCAAGAUUUGGUUGAUGGCUGCACAAUUCGAAGUUCGUCAGGUGAAUAUCGAUAGGGCACGGAAAAUCUUGGGCUCGGCAAUUGGAAUGGCUCCGAAAGAUAGGAUCUUUACCAAGUACGUUGAGAUGGAGAUGCAGCUUGGUAAUGUAGAAAGAUGCAGGAAGAUAUACGAAAAGUACUUGGAGUGGGCACCGGAGAACUGCCGUGCAUGGACGAAAUUCGCCGAGUUUGAGGAUUCCUUGGGAGAAACGGAACGAGCCGAAGCUAUUUUAGAGAUGAUGCCCAAGAAGAAAUUACUCAAAAAGAGAAGUAGGCAAAUGUAUCAGACUGAAGAAGAUGAUUGUCCACAAGAAGAAGAAGAGAUGAUGCAGAGGAGAAACUUUCAAUUAUUGGAAGCUGCAUACAAGUGGAAGAAGAACAGGAUUGGGAUCCAAUAGUUUGGUAUUAUUUAUUUUAUUUACAAACUAAAAAAUUAAGUUUAGUGUUAUCAAUUAAUUAUUGAAGAUAUUGUAUAAAACAAACAGAUUGAAUACAUCAAGA